CCUCUCCCUCUCCGUCUCCCUUCCUAUAUAUAUAUAUAUGUAGAUAGUCAUUGUCUACAAUACUACAAAUUUACAAUACAAGGUGCUUGCAAUAUUGGCCAUUUGAAGCUAAUUAGCUAGCUAGCGCGGUAGUAGUACUACUUAAUUAGUACGUACUGAAAAUGGUUUCUAAGGCCUUCUUCAAAACCCUACUUCUUUUCUUCUUUCGUCUUCUCCUUAAACAUUUCAGAAACCCUAAAAGUCUCCAUAGAAGCUUCAGCAACUCUAAUUACCACCUCCAUGCAUCAUCGCUCUUCAAAUUUCAAAGGUUUCCUCCUCCUCCUCAUUCUUCUCAAACAAUAUUGUCAAACCUCUCCACUACUACUACUACUACUUUGAUCUUUAGCGUUGAAGGAUCUCUCUUGAAAUCUUCCUCUCUGUUUCCCUACUUCAUGCUGGUCGCCUUCGAAGCCGGAAGCCUCUUCAGGGCUAUUCUUCUCUUCGUCUUGUACCCUUUUGUUUGUUUGCUUAGUCACGAGACGGGGUUGAAGAUUAUGGUGAUGGUUUGCUUUUUGGGAAUAAAGAAAGACAAGUUCAGAGUUGGAACAAGUGUUUUGCCAAAGUUCUUCUUGGAGGAUGUUGGGUUGGAGAGCUUUGAGCUCUUGACUGGGGCUGCCGCCCAUGGGAACAAAUUAGUGGGUGUGAGUGAUUUGCCUCGAGUGAUGGUGGAGUGUUUUCUCAGAGAUUACUUGAAAAUUGAGUGUGUAGUUGCAAGAGAUUUGAAAGUUUUUUGUGGCUACUUUUUGGGAGUGAUGGAAGAAGAGAGAAACACAACUACUGUUGAUCAGAUAACCAGCUCUAACGUAAUCGGAAUCACUAGCUCCACCAAACCUCUUGAUCAUCACUUGUUCUCUCAUUGCAAGGAAAUAUACUUGGUGAAUGAAGCAGACAGACGGAGCUGGCAUAACCUACCAAGGGACAGAUACCCUGAGCCCCUCAUUUUCCACGAUGGUAGAUUGGCUUUGAGGCCAACCCCACUAGCCAUUGUCGCCAUGUUUAUGUGGAUCCCAUUUGGGUUGACCCUUGCCAUCAUAAGGACCGUUGUUGGCUUGUCAUUGCCUUACAACUGUCUCAUUCCUAUCUUAGUUUUCAGUGGGCUGAGACUGAAAGUGGUUACAAAAUCAAACCACAACAUGAUCAUCAAGGAGGACUCCAAAGCCAAAGCCAAAGCCAAAGGGCUUCUAUACGUAUCUAACCACAGAACUUUACUGGACCCUCUUUACCUAUCUUUUGGUCUAAAGAAACCACUGAGCGCAGUUACCUACAGCCUAAGUAGAUUGUCAGAGAUAUUGGCACCAAUCAGAACCGUCCGAUUAACGAGGGACAGGGUUGAAGAUUCCAAGAUUAUGGAGAAGUUGUUGGAUGAAGGAGACAUGAUUAUUUUCCCAGAAGGAACAACCUGCAGGGAACCUCAUUUGCUGAGAUUUAGCCCAUUGUUUUCAGAGAUGAGUGUUGAUAUUGUCCCUGUUGCUAUGGACACAUGUGUUAGCAUGUUCUAUGGUACUACUGCAAGUGGCUUCAAGUGUCUCGACCCUUUGUUCUUCCUCAUGAACCCUUCCCCCACUUACACCAUUCACUUUCUUGAUAAGAUAAUUACUCCUCCACGCCGCUCAUCAUCAUCAUCAUCCCAAAACAACUCAAGGUUUGAGGUCGCCAAUUAUAUACAAACUCAGCUUGCUAUGGCUUUAGGGUUUCAAUGCACUACCCUAACAAGGACGGACAAAUACUUGAUCUUGGCAGGCAAUGAAGGAGUAGUAUUGGCUUCCACUUCCACUUCCACUCCCACCAAUUUUAAAUGAUACUAGCUAAUUAAUUAUAUAUAUAUAUAUAUAUAUAUAUAUAUAUAUAUAUAUAUGUAUUCCCAACCUAUGUACGUGCCCUGUAAUAUGAAUAGUUACCCUGUAUCGAUUACUAAGUUUGCAUGUUAUGAUACAUAAUUAAACUCAAUUCAUAAAUGAUGAUGAUAUAUGUUAUCA